GUCGUCGCCGCCGCCCAGCCAUCCAAUCCGAACCCACUCACGCGAGCACGUAGCAGCAGCCAUGGCCGGAGUGAACAGCAGCGUCGUCGGGCUCAAGCCGGCCGCGGCGGUGCCGCAGACGGCCUCCUCCGCGGCGGCGUCGCGCGUGCACGUCGCCGCGCCGCCCAGAGCCGCCGACGGCGCUGCAGCAGGCAGGCGCGCGGCGCUGCUCGGGAUGGCGGCCGUGUUCGCCGCCACCGCCUCCCAGGCCAGGGCCGGCGUCAUCGACGAGUACCUCGAGAAGAGCAAGGCCAACAAGGAGCUGAACGACAAGAAGAGGCUGGCGACGAGCGGCGCCAACUUCGCGCGGGCGUACACAGUCGAGUUCGGCAGCUGCCAGUUCCCCUACAACUUCACCGGCUGCCAGGACCUCGCCAAGCAGAAGAAAGUCCCGUUCAUCACCGACGACCUGGAGAUCGAGUGCGAGGGGAAGGAGAAGUACAAGUGCGGAUCCAAUGUCUUCUGGAAAUGGUGAUCUCGUUCUCAUCGUCAGCACGAUCGAUCAUUGGCCAGCCAUGGCAGGCAACAUGCGGCCUGCCUGUACUGUACCUAGAACCUUAAUUUGUGAUGACAGAUCGAACUGAAGAACACUCGUCGUACGUGUCCACUGUAUUUGUAUCAUCUGAGUGCGAAUUUGUAGCAAACUUGAUUGUCUCGCUUUCC